AGAAGAAGAAGAAGGAGAGCUUCCGGCUUCCUCCUCCUGCUGAAGAGCAUCUGAAGCUAAAGCUAAAGCUAAAGCUAAAGCAGCCAUGGCUCAGCUCAUUCUGUCUCUGAUGGCUCUCCUGUUCUGCAGCUCCGUCCAGGCUGUGUUCGAGGAUCAAGUGGGGAAGUUUGACUGGAGGCAGCAGUAUGUUGGCAAGGUUCGCUUCUCCCAUUUCGACUCACAUAUGCAGUCGUCCAAAAAGGUGCUUCUGGCUACAGAGAACAAUGUUUUUGCUUCACUCAAUACCCGGACUGGAGAACUCUUCUGGCGACAUGUGGACAAGACUGGGCCGGAGGGAAACAUUGACGCUCUCCUGCAUCAUGGACAAGAUGCGGUGAUGGUGGUCGGUGAUGGCCGCCUGCUGCGCUCGUGGGAGAUAAAUGUUGGUGGUUUGAACUGGGAGAUUGUGCUGGACUCUGGCAGUUUCCAGUCGGCAUGCUUAGUUGGACAGCAAGACAUCGUGAAACACGUCGCUGUUCUGAAGAAAACUGCCAUCUCUCUCCAUUACCUUUCAAAUGGGCAUCAAAAAUGGAUAGAGAAUCUACCAGAAAGUGACACCGUGGAUUACCAGGCUGUGUAUUCAGGUGGGGAUGGUGAAGUGUACGCACUGGGAGUUGUUCCACAUUCCCACAUUGCAAUUGUUGCCUACAGUUUGGAUGAUGGAGAGAUAAUCAAGCAGAUCUCAGUCGAAGCUCCGUGGCUUUCCAACAUACAGGCCAGCUGUGCGGUGAUCGGCCAGGGGAUGUUGACGUGCGUGGACUCUGCCACUGUUUCGCUGUACAUGCUCGACUUACAGCUGCAGUCCCAGAUGACCCAGAUCCCCCUGCAGUCACUGGGACUUGAAGUCACCGACGGCUUCCAGCCGGUCCUGACAUCCACCCAGCCCAACCCGGCUCGCCCGCCGCUGUCAGAGUUCUUCCUCCAGCUCGGGCCUGAACACCACCUGCUUCUCCAGCUCAACGAGGAUCAGAUAGUCACGCUGAGGGAUUUCCAGCCUGCCAUGCUGGUUUCAUUUGCUACCACCGGAGAGAAGACUGUUGCUGCUGUCAUGUCGCCCAAAAAUCAAACGGCGAGCAGUCUGAACCUCUUUAGUGCAGAAACUGGACGCAGACUUCUAGACACAACACUGAUCUUUACUUUGGAUCCGAACGGUGGGAAACCAGAGAGGCUGUACGUUCAAGCAUUCCUCAAGAAAGACGACUCUGUUGGCUACAGGGUGAUGGUGCAGACAGAAGACCACACACUCACUUUCAUACAACAGCCAGGGCGUGUGAUGUGGACGAGAGAGGAGGCCCUGUCAGAUGUGGUGACAAUGGAAAUGGUGGAUCUGCCUCUCACGGGAACGCAGGCCGAGCUGGAAGGAGAGUUUGGAAAAAAGGCCGCCAUUCAAGACGGCCUGUUGUCCAUGGUGAUGAAGAGGCUCUCCUCUCAGCUCAUCUUGCUGCAGGCGUGGGUCGCCCACCUCUGGAAGCUCUUCUACGACGCCCGCAAGCCUCGCAGUCAAGUCAAAAACGACGUGACCAUCGAGAACCUCUCUAGAGACGAGUUCAACCUGCAGAAGAUGAUGGUCAUGGUUACUGCGUCUGGGAAGCUCUUUGGUAUCGACAGCAAGACGGGCAGUAUUUUAUGGAGGCACUACCUGGACUACAUCCCAUCUAAUGCAGCUUUCAAACUCAUGGUGCAACGGACCACUGCACACUUCCCUCAUCCGCCACAGUGCACGCUGCUCAUCAAAGACAAGGACACAGGCCUGGCCACCCUCCAUGUGUUUAACCCUAUCUUUGGAAAGAAGAGUCACGUCACCCCGCCUGCUCUGCCUCAGCCCAUCCUUCAGUCACUCAUGCUGCCUGUCAUGGACCAGGAUUAUGCUAAGGUCUUACUCCUUGUUGAUGACCAGUACAAGGUGUCGGCUUUUCCCUCCACAAAGAACGUCCUGCAGCAGCUCCAGGAGAUGGCCUCCACCAUAUUCUUCUAUCUGGUCGACUCCAGCCAGGGAAGACUUUCUGGCUACAGGCUGCGGACGGACUUGUCGACAGAGCUGAUCUGGGAGAUUGUCGUCCCAACAGAAGUACAGAAGAUCAUCUCGGUCAAAGGGAAAAGACCCAAUGAGCAUGUGCACUCCCAGGGCCGAGUGAUGGGAGACCGUAGUGUCCUCUAUAAGUACCUGAACCCCAACCUGCUGGCCGUGGUGACUGAGAGCACCGACCUGCAUCAGGAGCGAAGCUUCGUGGGGAUCCUCCUGAUCGACGGCGUGACUGGUCGCAUCAUCUACGAGGCUGUUCAGAGAAAGAGCAAAGGACCGGUGCAUGUUGUGCACUCUGAAAACUGGGUGGUGUACGAAUACUGGAGCACCAAGUCUCGCAGGAACGAGUUCUCUGUGAUCGAGCUGUACGAAGGGAUGGAGCUCUACAACAGCACCGUGUUCAGCUCGCUAGACCGGCCGCACGCUCCUCAUGUGCUGCAGCAGUCUUACAUUUUCCCCUCAUCCAUUUCUGCCAUGGAGGCCACGCUGACCGAGAAGGGCAUCACCAGCCGCCAUCUGCUCAUUGGCCUGCCAUCUGGAGGGAUUUUGUCAUUACCCAAGAUGUUCCUUGACCCUCGGAGGCCAGAGAUCGUAACGGAGCAAAGCCGGGAAGAGAACCUGAUACCGUACGCACCAGAGCUGCUGAUCCGUACAGAGUGGUUCAUCAACUACAACCAGACUGUAUCAAGAGUACGAGGAAUCUACACGGCCCCCUCUGGACUGGAGUCCACCUGCCUGGUGGUGGCGUACGGUCUCGACAUCUACCAGACGCGCGUCUAUCCCUCAAAGCAGUUUGACGUCCUGAAAGACGACUACGACUACAUGCUGAUCAGCAGCGUCCUCUUCGCCCUUUUCUUCGCCACCAUGAUCAGCAAACGCCUGGCAGAAGUCAAACUGCUCAACCGGGCCUGGCGGUAAAGCGAUGGUCAGAAUCCCAUCUCUUACAGCCCCGAGGCUGCACGAAGGACCUCAGCUUCGAGGAGAUGAGACGGCUGAGGCCGCGCCUGUCGAAGAACACAGGCCAAAGAAUCAAUAAGGCCCAUAAGGAACUGCAGGGGUGAGGGGACGGCGGGGUGGGGGUGAACGGAGGGAUUAGUAGAGGUUUUAUCUCUUUGUUUUUUAACUUAUUUUGCAAGCACAAGGAAUUAUUUCAUAGUAGAAUAACUGUUGUCAUUUUGAUUCAAUGUUUAACACAUAACUAAUUACAAAUGAAUGAAUUGUGGAGAAAUUCCCACACAUGUGAAAGUUCAAUAAUGUUAGUUUAGUUUUUUUUUUUCCAAGAUUAGGUUUGUGACAUUUCUGCCUCAUUAGACGGCUCUAAUGGAGAGUGAUCGUACAUGUGGAGGUCAGAGAAAAGACCGACAUGCAACACGUGUGAGCAUGAUUUGAUCACCGUGAUUACCCAACAUGCCGUUUGGUUUGAUGGCAGAUGAACUGAACUGUGUGAUGAGGAGAUGAAGCAGAAUGGACAAGAAAUGGUUAUUCGUGUGUUCCUGAAGACUCUCCCACCAAAGGCUCCGUCACGCUGUCGUCACCAUCACACACACACACACGACCAUCAGUAGCCUUUAUUUGAUGUACAUCAACCAUCCUGCAGCUCAACGUCUGUGUGUGUCGGCUACUGUUGAUGCUCCAUUAAAACUUGUCCCAGAACUCCA